AUGGAUAAAGAAGUAAUCGAAAUUGACCCACCUUCACCUGGAAUCUAUGCUGUGCCAGAGCACCACCUCUACUCUUGGGAGAAAGAAGAGAUUAAGGAAAAGGAAAGACAGCAGAAGGAAGCCCAGAGCCAACCUCAGGUUGUAGCUGGCAAGAAGCUUACUUUUGAUAGAAAUCAAGAGUUUGGAGCUGAAAAUAUAGAUAUUUCAGGAGAAGCCCUCUCCAAUGCAUUUAAGAAAGUUAAAGACGAGGAAAACCAGGAGGAAGAUAAAGUAGAAGAGAAUUUAGAAACAACUAAGAAAAUCUCAGGCAUACCCUGGGCUACUUCUAGAACUGAUGUUGAAGAUCCAUGGGUGAAACUGCAUAAUGAAAUCAUCGAGUUCUUCAGAACUUUCGGCCCAAAUAGGAAGAGAAACGCACUAAGAAAGGAGCUGUUUAAGAAAAUAAAAAAAGUAAUCAAAGCUGUCUUUCCAGACUGUAUUGUCAAGAUCUUUGGAUCCACUGCUGCCAUGCUUUAUUUACCCCAAAGUGAUAUUGACAUUGUCGUGUUCUUACCACAGAAGUCAACAAAUGAUUUAAAAAAUGCUAGAAAGUUGCAUCGUAUGAUCAGUUCUAUAUCCUGGGUGACUUCUUGUGAAUGCAUUCCUGCUAAGGUUCCAUUAGUAAAGCUUACUGACAAAGAAUCCAGGCUAUCAGUUGACAUCUCAUUUAGCAGAGGGAAUGGAGUGGCUGCUUUAUCAUUCAUUAAAAAGUAUCAAUUAAUUUAUCCAGAACUGAAAUAUUUGCUACUGAUAAUUAAAGCAUUCUUGAAGACAAGAGAUCUAAACGAGACUUUUCAUGGAGGAAUGUCAUCAUUUGUUUGAACCUUAUUGAUCAUCAGUUAUUUACAAGAGAUUAAGAAAGAAAAGCAGAACCAUAGUCUUUUGUUGUCAGAGCAUCUCCUCAACUUCUUCCAUCUAUAUGGAGUCAGAUUUAACUAUAACGAACUAGGGAUUUCAAUUAGAAAUGGAGGAAGUUAUUUUUUAAGACAAUCUAGAGGGUGGUUAGCUACAAAUAGAUCAAAGGCUGUCACAUUAUGAGUUGAAAAUCCUCAAGAUACCACUGUUGAUCUAGGUAAAGGAGUUUAUAAUAUGACUCAAGUCCAUGCUGCUCUUCAACAUGCAUUUGAUGUUUUAAGAUUCAAUACUUCCAAUAGUGAAAGCUUAUUAGAAUGUAUUAUGGGGGAUCUUUCUAAUCUUAAAUAAGCAUAUAUUUACUAAACUCUUCAAUUAUUUA